UUCCAGCGAGGCAAGAGCAUCUACUCAUCAUGGGCAAUAUCUUUGGCAACCUGUUGAAGAGCCUGAUAGGGAAGAAGGAGAUGAGGAUUCUGAUGGUGGGUCUGGAUGCUGCAGGGAAAACCACCAUCCUCUACAAACUUAAGCUGGGGGAGAUAGUCACCACUAUCCCAACAAUUGGUUUCAAUGUUGAGACAGUGGAGUACAAGAACAUCAGCUUCACAGUAUGGGAUGUUGGUGGCCAGGACAAGAUCCGCCCCCUGUGGAGGCACUACUUCCAGAACACCCAGGGUCUGAUCUUUGUGGUGGACAGCAAUGACCGAGAGCGGGUGAACGAAGCCCGGGAGGAGCUCAUGAGGAUGCUGGCUGAGGACGAGUUGCGGGAUGCCGUUCUUCUUGUCUUUGCCAACAAACAAGACCUGCCCAAUGCCAUGAAUGCUGCAGAGAUCACAGACAAGCUGGGGCUGCACUCCCUACGUCACCGUAACUGGUACAUUCAGGCCACCUGCGCCACAAGUGGGGAUGGUCUCUACGAGGGCCUCGAUUGGCUGGCCAAUCAGCUGAAGAACAAAAAGUGAGGGGUCCAAUCAGUAGAGAGUGGGGAAGAGCCUGGGUGCCAGCUUCAGGUAGUGGUUAUAGUUGAUCCAUUGUGUUUACAUGGAGAGGUAGCGCUGGAGACCUCCCAGGGGUGACUCUCAAUGGCUUUCUCCCCCAAACUCCUGUUUUGUUCCCCUGUUUUCAUUUAUUUGAUUUUAUUUGAUUGGAUCUGCAGUGACUAUUUUUAAUUGCUCCAAAACCACAAAAAUGAAUGACAUUUUAUUAGCUGAAUGCAUAACUAAUGGGAUAUAUUAAUAUACGGCAUUCUAAAGGUGUGGAAGUUUUCCCCAAUUUUUAAUCUCUGUGACCUUUUUAUUUGUUCAGAGUGUUGGUAAAUGGAAAAUCGAGACAAGCGGGCAGUGCAAUCUUGUGUGAACGAACUUGUCCACUGACACUUUAAACUUAAUGUAAAUGAUAAAGAAUGUCAUGAUUUCAGUACAGUAAACUACAGUAAACUAUCACAUUGUGUAGUAAACAUUAUACCGGUUAAGAUCAACUUGUCAUUCCUAGUAAACACCAGUGUUUUAGCAACAGCAAUUAAUGCAUUUCAGAGAGGAAUUUUGAUUUAUUAUCAAAAAUCCAAACAAAUUUAAUUUGGAUUGCAUUUAGAAUUUGUUCAAAUGACACUGACAUUUCAGAUUGUCUUGAGUAAGUUAAACAUAUUUUAUUUUUGUCAGCAUAAUUUAUUUAUUUGUUUGUUUGUUGAUGUUUAUUUAUCUAUUUAUUUAAAGUGUCAUGCUAUUGUUGCGAUGUGCAUUCACUACCAAGAAAGCCGGUGACAAAAGUACUCCUCGUAAUCAUGUAUGUAUUACUGCUAAUCAGUUUGCAUGGAGGCAUCCCGUUAUUGGUUCAUACACUAACCGAGGUUAGAAACUGUUUUAAACUAACUCUAUAGGCCAUUGCUGUAAAAAAAACAA